GCAUGAAAUCAUUGGUGUGCGAAAACUGUGUCGGGCCGAUCGAGCCACAGACACGGCGUCCGAUGAUCUCUACUAUGUGCCGUUAUUCCCGUUGGGCAAAAAUGAGGAUCCUCUUGAAGUGGCCGAGUCGUGUCUCGAAGGGAUCAACCCCAAGCGUUGCGUUUUCGUUGGCACUGCAACCAUACCUUGGAAAGCACAGCAAAUGCUAGUGUAUGCUUUGCCCGUGGAUCACGGCGCUCUGUCCGUGGACGGCACAGGCAUUGAUGAGCUGCAUUUUGAGCACGGCGAAGCCUUUGUGUCAUUAUCGGAUGUCGUGUCUGAUAUGCGAAAUCGUCGAAGUCGGGGCGCAAUUCGCCAACUGGACAACGUCACGCUCCUUGCCCUGGGCCGAUUGGCCGAGUGGUGUGCCGAGCUACACGCUAGUACCGCAGCUGUGCGGUCGUUUUGGCGACCCAAACCUUCUUUCCAAAUGCGAGCCGUUGUCCACAACGCUGGCUACACGUCUGAUCCAGAUAUCCAAGCUCGGGCCCCGCGUGCCGUCAUCAACCCCCUUUACCGUUCCACCUUGUUGCUGCCAAUGCCGGCGAGCCCCUUGCCUGUUAUCUUUGGUAUCUUCGCACUGGAUUCACCCCCACAUUUGUGUGGCACUGUCACCUGCGCACCUGUUGUACCCAUUGUCAGUGCAUCUGCCCUCGAUGAAAACGGGUGGUCCCCACUGCACUACGCCGCAUUUCACGGUAGCAUAGAGGCUGCCAAGCUCCUCAUGGAGGAUUGGCAGGGUGGACCCACCAUUCAGACACUCUCGGGUAGCACUGCAUUACACUUUGCUGCACAAAACGGGCACGCGACAAUUGUCGAGCUACUUCUGGCAUGCCCCUUUGUCGACCGUGAACAGAGCAACACUGAUGGCCUGACCCCCAUGCAGUUAUGCCAGCGCACCCAACUCAAUGACUACCAACGCACCAUUGCCGUUCUUUCCUCUACUGAAAAACAUGCCCUCAACCGCUAUGCCAAAGCGGGUCUCGACGGUGCAGUGUUGGCACUGGCCGACUUCAAAAUUUACCUGCCAGCGGGUCAUGCCAAGGUACUUGUUGAACCAUUAGCAGUCAAUCUAGGUUUGUGCGCCUAUCGCUUGAAUGACAAGGCGCAUUUUGAUAUGUUUGCCAUCUGGGUCAUCAGUGGCGCCUACAAGCUUCAGCUUCGUCAAGACCACUUUCCCCUGCGUGAGCUGGCCAACGCCCAAAGCCUUUUUGAUCAAGGCGUCACCACCGGACAACCAAUUUUAUUGUUCCAACGCAGCGUCUACCUGAGUCUGUCACGAGAGCGUCAAGUCGUUGAUCCAGUGGUCCUCAAGCUACUCUUUGAGCAAGCCUUGCACAGCUACCUUUCAUCAGAAUGGCCUGUUUCCUUAGACGACUCUGCUCAUUUGGCCGGUCUACUUAUGCAGAUUCGCUUUGCGGACCACAAAGGCGAAUCCCAUACGCUCGGCUUUUUGACCGGCACCCUACAAACAUUUGUGCCUGCACAUCUACAACAUGCCUUGCGGCCGGCCGAAUGGGAGCGGCGCAUAUUUGAAGAGCACAAAGGCUUUCGAGGAACACUUGACUUUGUUUCGCUGCAUCGGCUCUUUCUGCAAUUCUGCCGCCAGUGGAGCUUUUACGGCUGCGCGUUCUAUCCAGUUGGCCUGCUCAAACCCAAGCGUGCCAAAGCCAAGCCCGAGGAUUGGACAUUGGGAUUCAAUGCCGAAUGGCUUGUGUUUACGCAGCCAACCGCCUCCAAAAUCAAGCUUUCUUUGACGUGGAACGAGGUGCAGUCAAGUCUCAGCCCACAAUCAAGUACAAUCUCCUUGACGCUGACACCACUCGAUCGCAAUGUACUUCAUCCCAUGGCGCCGUUUUUGGAGGAUGGCGUGCUUUCUUUCAAGUCACGGCAAGCUGUUACCUUGCAUGCUCUGAUCCAAUCAAUGAUCGAUCGACUUAACGAGGCAAAGCGCAUCGUCGAGCAGAAGCGUAUUGAACAGGGAGGGCCGCGUGUCUUACACCAUAAGAGCAACACCGAAGCCGAAGCCCCGACUGCUAUAUACACGCAAGCAGAGGUGCAGGAUCUACAGCUGCGACAGCAACGCGAAAAUUCCAAGCGACUCGCCUUUAUCAAUGCAAUUGGUGUUCGGCCAUCGCACUCUGAGCAGCUGUCAGAAGCGGAGCGGAGGUUUCGGGAGGAGUUUGGCAAGCCACCUACAUAUCGAGCUUCCAUCAAAGAUGUCAAGCUGCUUUGCUACCACUUUGGCUAUUGGCUUGGUUCAGGCCUGGAUGGUGCCCGAGAAGCCCUAUCUGCCACUGACAAAAGCUUUACCUUUCGAGACUUUGUUGUUUGGUCGGUGCUUCGUCCAAAAUCCCGACUCGACUUCCAUGUUUGCGAUGUGCGCGAGAAUCAAAUCUUCAAGGCUCACUGGCUUUAUCGGCUUGAAACCUCAUUCAGGUGGGCUCAAUCACCCAACCGAUGGCUCUAUUUGCUCGACAACGAGGGCUUUUCGAAGCGCUAUCGCGCUACAGAAGCCUUUCGGCGUAUCGACAAAGCUUCAACUGGCAAGCUCGUUGAUAAAGAAGUGGACGACCUCAUCAACAUAAUCAAGGAUGAGGGUAUCACCUCUCUGACUUCCCGUGCCAUUCAACAAGGUGUCACAACAAGGAGAAACAAUGGUAUCCAAGCUGAGGUUCAAACACCUAAUUUAUUCAUUGACAAGUACGUGCCUAGCCUCAUCAACCACCUCUAUACGCUGCCCCCAAGUCUCACGUCGGGCUUGUCCGAGCUCUUGAACCGUGCUUGCAAGGACACCUUUGUCAAAGCCUUUUUUGCCAAGGUAAACCUGUCUGCACCGGCUGGAGCUGAAGGUCAUGACGUUACGCUGGAACAGCUCCUUGAGGCUCGCAUCUUCACGCGGGCCAACACCGGGGGCUUUGGCCUGCACGACUUGGUUGAGCGCGGUCCGGUGGCUUAUGUCUGCAACAUGGCCAAGCUGGCCACUCGCUACCCUCGAGUUUACGACCGACUUUUGGAGGAUGCAUCGAGGGCUGCCGACUUUGAGGACCACGUGCAGCGAGCUGGCUUCCAGAUGGCCACGGUCAAGGACGCGGCGACCCAGCGACCAGCUGAGAUCAUUGCCCUCCGCUCCAAGGCGGCACUGGACGACCUGAUGGCCAACACAGUCUUGACCAUGCGGGGUCGGGACAAGUUGCGUCGCUUGAGCGACACGACCUUUGCCAUUGCGGUCGUGUCCAUGAUGGGUUUUGGCCUCCAUGAACUCAUCAACGUCAAGCCGACGGACAAGUGCCCGCACUGCAGCAGCAAGACACCUCAGCCGCGACUAACCCGCGAGCACCUGUUGACCUGCCGUCCCAUCAAGCGUCACAACGCCCUUCGCGACGAGAUGGGCCGCCUGCUCAGGUACGCCACCCUCUCCCAUGUCUGGGUGGAAAAGUCUGGCUACAACGCCAACGGUCAGAGCUGCCGCAUCGACCUGCACUGCCGCAACCCCUUUCCCGGCGGUGCUCUGGGCCCAGCUCUGCCCGACCUGGGCAUUGAUGUGACUGUGCGCACAGCCCAACCCCCGACCACCUCGCAAGCCUGCAUCAAGGAGAAGCGCGACUACUACACCGGUUUCAACCAUGGAAAAACUCUGAUCGUCCCUGCGGCGAUGACGACAACCGGUGGGUUCGCCUCCUCCUUUGUGGAUCUGCUUGGUCAGCUCGCCCGCUGCGCCGAGGCCCGUGGUGUGUACCAGCCGGGGCUGGAUGAGGCCUUUGUUCCCCGGUGGAAGGGUCGCUUUGCGGCGCUGGUCCAUCAGAUGAACGCUGACCACAUCCAGCGCCACUUUGGCGGUGUCUGCCUGCGCUCGUCGUAG